AUGGACAUUCUCAGACUGGAUCACGGGCUGCCUAAGCACUCUCGCCAGGCCUCCUCCUCGAGGCCACCCCAAAGACAAGAACAGGCAAAGGUCAGCCGGGAUGGGGAGGGCAAGGGAGCAGUGGGUCCUGGGCCAGAGGUUCGGAGGCCAGGACCCCAGGGGCCCAGAGCCCCAGAACAAGCCGCAGCCCCCUCAGGCAGCGCUGCCAGGCCCGACCUCCGGAGGGAGGAACGGGGGAACUGGGAAGGAGGGGCCGCUCCCUGGCACGAAAGCCGGGCAAGGCGGGGCGGGGCAGGGCCGGCCGGGGAAGGGGGCGGCCACAUCUCUCCCCACUGCCGGACCCGGCUAAGGGGGCCUGGAGCACGGCCCGGGCCAAGCAAUAUAGGGUGCUCAUUCCCAGCGGAGCCCCCGGGGAGCCGCACUGGGGGUGGCGGGGUUGCGGGUGCCGGGGGGCUCGGCGGGGCCCCCUCCCCGGCCCCGCCCCCCCGGCGCUCCGGAGGCUGCCCCGGUGCGGAGGUGAGGGCCCUCCGGGCUCUCGGGCAGAACCAUCGCGUCCAGUCCCGAUCCCGGUGCCGCCGGCUCCCGCCGCUUUCCCAGCCAUCAUGCCCGGCCGGGGUGUCGCCGGACAGGCAGGGCGGCGGAGGACUCUCGGUCCGACGGCGGGAGGCGCCGGGUGGCCCGGACCCCCGGGCUGGGGAGGGGGGGCUGGCUGGAAGGCUGGCUGUCGUCCGCGGGGCUGCGGGCCCAGAGACCAGGCCGGGGCUGGGGGCCAAGCUCAGGCGGAGGCGGCCCCGACGGGGCGGGCGGCGGCGGAGGCAGCUGGCACCGGGCAGCGCGGGUGGCAGCAGCAGCGGCGGCGGCGGCGGCGUAGCCGGGGGCUGCGCCCCGGGCGCAUCUCGGGCGGCUCGGGGCCGCGCUCAGGUUCGCGUUCGGAGGUGGGAGUGGGGCGGCGGCGGCGGCAGCAGCAGGAGGGCGGGCAGGGCCCUUGGACGGGGCGGGCCAGCACGCGGGCUGCGGGGCUGGGCGUCCGGCGGGGCCCGCUCCGCUCCGGGGGCUUGGCACCCCGGCCCUCUCGGCUUGGCCCGGCCCCCUCGGUCCGGCCCGGCUCGGCUCUCUCGGCCCGGCUCAGCGCUCCCAGUCCGCAGCCAUUCGGUGCCCGCCAGGAAAGUUCCCGCUGCCGCCGCGGCCGCCGCCGUGUCCCUGCUCUUGUUCAUCUGGGGGAUGCCGGCCAAUUCUCUCCACUUGCUUUCAGACCAAGGAAAGGAGCCGCAAUGGAUGCUGUUUGCUUCUGGAGCAGGUGUGUGUCUCCGAGGCAGAGGCCUGAGAGUUCAGCUAGUCAUUUGAUGUGCAGUAGCACAUUUUCCCAUCUUCCCAGAGGGAGCCACGGUUUCCUCCUGAUGUCCUGGGAACGUGCUGGCUAGCCCACGUACAUCAUCGCUGCCGGGACCUCCGCUUCCGUGAGAGAGGAGCAGGACGGCAAAGGCUGGUUGGCUACGAGAGUUUCACCUGGCUUGGCUGGGAGAGCUCAGGACAAGAGGAGCCGGGCGUGGCAAAGGGACAGAUUCAGGGGCGAUGUCGGCCACGCCAACCACGCGGAGCAGUCCUACGGUUCGAGGGGACUCCCCUUAAGCAGAGGCCAGGUGGCCAUGUGACUGGGGAAUGCUGCGGAGGGUAUGCCUCUGGUGGGCAGCCCUCUGUUUAUCAUCCUCCUUGCCAGCCUCAGGGAAGCAGCUGGGCCUGUGGCAGAGUCAUGGUCUCCAGGUCAGGGAGUGCCAUUUCAAACUGAAAGACCAAAGAGGGAGUAUGGAGUUCAGCCAGAUCCAACCCGACGCUUUAUCUCUUGCUCUGACACUGAUAUCGCAGUCAGAGCCAAUCCACUUCUGAGCCAGGCAAUUUAUUUAGAUGGCCUCAAGGCUCCCUUGGGGAGAAUUUGGCCCAUUCUUUGUUAAACAGCAGCACGUCCUAAGGUCUCUAAAAAGAAACACAACAGUCCAUUAGCCCACGAUAAUCAGACUACUGUCUAGCUUAAGAUGGUAAUGAGCUGUGAUUACUUAAUUCAAUCUAGCAAACAUUUAUUUAGCACCUACUAUGUACAAAUGAUUCUGUUAGGAGGAAGGGAUAUAUAGACAAAACCAACAUGGUCACUGCACUCAAGAAGCUUCUAGUCUCCCAAGAGACUACAGUAUGUACACUCGCAAAUAUUCUUAAUAGGUCUGUGAUGUCCUUGAUAUGGGAGUUCUUAGUCUACCAAUGUUGCUAAGCUCUCCGCUACACCCUUCUCCAAGUUUGCCUCGGGGGUCUACCCAAUGGGCUGGAGGCCUUCUUCAUUCUCUCCCCUUAUCCAGAGUGUUGUGGGGCCCAUGCACCAUCUACCUGUCAACUCUUGCCACUGACCAGUCCAUAGCCUCUUCCUGUCCCACAAUCCUUUGAGAAAAUCUUUAGCUAUUAUUUUGCAGAGUUCUUUAGCCAUAUGUUAUAUAAAUACAAGAUAAUUUGAGGAGGGAGGAGAGAAGGCUGACAACUAGGAGGAUGAGCAUUUAUGGGUUUCAAACCACUAUGUCCUUUCGAGGCAUAACAUUAAUAACAUACAUACAUACAUAUGUGUGCGUGGGUGUGGGUGUAUAUCCCUACAAACAGGUUCCCAAGUCAACCUUAAGCCUCUACAGAGCCCUUUCUAGCUGUAAAAUGGUUUGGGAUCAUUUAACAACCAAUCCCUAACGUUAUUACGGAUGAGUCGCCAUCAGGCCUUUGGAUGCCCAAACACUGAGGUUCAAGAAUUUGUUCAAGAUGCUUUGUUUCAAACAUUGCGUAGACCAGUGAGAUCUCAGGUGAGGACUCCUGCCCUAGCUCCUGUCUUAUUCCAAAUGUGGAUCAAGGCCCCUUCAGAUGCUUAAAACAUCAUCUCUACCUUCUGGCGUCUAUAAAUUAUGCAGCUGGACAACUAUUUGGUAGAUAUUUUCUUAUUAUGCAUUUUUCACUGUAAUGUUUGUUUGUUGCCUGAUUCUGUGCUAAGAGUAAACACCAUUCCAUACAUA